UUUCUGAACAGAGAGAUGGAGAGGAUGACUACAGAGAGAGAAGAAGAAGAAGAGAGGAAUACUGAAGACAAAAAAGAAGAAGAGAGCGAAGAAGUACAAGAAGAAGAACAAGAAGAGGAGGAAGAAGAAGAAGAAGAAGAAGAAGAAGAGGAGGAGGAGGAGGGAGCUGCUGCUGCAGAGAGAGGAGGUGAUGAAGAAAAUGAAGUUCCAGCAGAGGAGAAGAAGGAAAAACACAGAGCUGCUGUGACUUCCUCUUCAAACAGGACAUGUUUACCAGGGAUCAUCUACCUGGGUCACAUUCCUCCGAGGCUCCGCCCCAAACACCUGAGGAACAUGCUGUCAGCCUACGGAGAGAUCGGACGCAUCUUCCUGCAACCAGAAGGUGGACAGGUGAGACGUAAGAAGAAGAGGGCGGGGUCUCGGCGCUGUGACUUCACUGAGGGGUGGGUGGAGUUUAGAGAUAAACAAGUGGCGAAGCGAGUGGCGCUGUCGCUCCACAACACGCCCAUGGGAACCAGGAAACGCCAACGCUUCGCCUCGGACCUCUGGUCCAUUAAGUACCUGCAUAGGUUCCAGUGGACUCACCUGAGCGAGCGUCUGGCCUACGAGCAGACGGUCCUGCAGCAGAGACUGAGGACUGAAGUGUCUCAGGCCAAGAGAGAGACGAACUUCUACCUGAACAACGUGGACAAGAGCGCUCACAUGGACAAGCUGAGGAAGAAGAGACAGAGAGACGGACAACAGGUGGAGGAGAAGACGUGGGACUUCACGCAGCGUCGGACAGAGGACGAGAUCCAGAUGAAGAAGAAGAAGAGGAAAGACUCCGUUUCCCAGAAGCACCUGAACAAGGCCAGCCUCAUCCAGCAGAAGAGCCAAUCAAACGUCUCGCUGCUAGCCAAGAUUUUCAAGCAAUCAGAGUGACAGCAGAGAGACAGCUGAUUGGCUGCUGGACAAGAUUGUUUCCAUGGAUACUUAAUGUAAUGAACUGCUUGUGACCAGAAGGACCUUCACCGACCAAUCACAGGCCAGUCUCAGCUUGGGGGCGGAGCCAUCUAAAUUCGGUAGCUGCCUUAACGAGCCUGUUAACUCUUCUGAGUCUGUUUUAUUAUAAACCACUGAGAAGUCUAACGGAGUGUGACAUCAUGAUUUACCUGUACAGGUGUUUAUCACACCUUUAUGUAUAAAAUGUAAAUAAAUCUACAUUGAUGUGACAGAA